UACCUUAGCACCUUGAGCGUCGUUCACCGCGAUGUGGCUGCGCGGAAUGUUUUGGUGACGGCCUUGUCACCGUUCACGUGCAAACUGGCGGACUUUGGCCUGUCGCGCGUGCUACCAGCAUCAGACUAUUACAAGAGCGGCGGCGAGGAAGCCCUUCCGCUUCGAUGGAUGGCACCAGAGUGCGUUGUGGAGCGACGCUUCUCGGAAAAGUCUGAUGUUUGGUCCUUUGGCGUCUUUGUCUGGGAGCUGGCCACUCGUGGACAGGUGCCUUGGGGCGACGUUGACUUGGGGCCGCUGACGCGUAUGCUUAAAAGCGGUCGACGGUUGGAGCUACCAUCACACUGCCCAGCCCUGUUCGCACGAAUCGCUGCUCGUUGCCAAGUAUUAUCCCCAUCUGAGCGUCCAACAUUCGCUGAGCUCGCGUCUUUGUGCAGCGAACCCCAAACGACCACUUGGGCCUUUUCUCGCGAAGCGAAUCCCAUUCAAGAUGAAACCGCCUUGUGAUCCGGCAGCACCCAACCUGCGGUGCUCCUUCAUGGACAAGCCAUGAAGAGCCCUUCUUAUGCCAUUAUGUUAUCGAAUCAAACGGGCAAAAGCUCUCUUUCGAGUCUUUUAAAAAAAAAUAAACAAUGACCCCUCAAUACAGCCCGAUACCCCCGAUAUCCCCCGUUCUUCCAAUACCCGAUCCAUACCCCCUGACCUAAUAAUUGACCUCGGGAAUGC